AUGCAAGAGUUUCUUGAGCUGAAGUUCAACUCCUCAGAUAAGGAAGACUUCAAAGAGCUGGAUCUUGAAAUGUUCUGGAUUAAGUACCUUCCUGUUUACUCUCUGAUCUCACAUCAGGCUCUUCGGAUUUUAGCUAUGUUUAGAUUCACGUAUCAUUGUGAAGCUGCAUUUCCCACGUUCAUUGCUGUUAAAACCAAGUACAGAAACAGGCUGAACGUUGAAAGAUACUUACGUUGUGCACUCUCUGGCAUUCAAUCACACAUUCAAGAUAUUGUAGCUAAGAAGCAGUGUCAAGUAUCUCACUAA